AAUUCAUAUGAGCCCUAAGCAGAAUUUGCAGUAUGGUUGGCUGGCUUAUAUGUUGGGAGACAGAGCUACUAAAAAGUUCAAAGAAUACAGCAAAAUUUUUACAGUGGAGGGCAACUUAUCUUCUGGGAAGGGCAAGCUUGCACAACAACUAGCAGAAAAAUUAGGAAUGAAAUAUUUCCCAGAAGCAGAUAUUCAUUAUCUAGACAGAAUCACAGGAGAUGGAACACUGCUGGAUGAGAAAUUUAAUGGCUUUUGUAGCCUAGAGAAAUUUUACAAUGAUCCAAAAUGUCCUGAUGGAAAUUCGUAUCGACUGCAGGCUUGGCUGUUUGGUAACCGUGUUUUACAGUAUGCUGAUGCGUUGGAGCAUCUGCUGAGCACAGGACAAGGUGUGGUGAUGGAGCGCUCUCCCUACAGUGAUUUUGUGUUUUUGGAUGCAAUGUUUAAACAAGGCUACAUCCACAAACGAUGCCUUGAUCACUACAAGGAGAUCAAAGAGAUCAGUAUUUGUGAAUUUCUACCACCUCACUUGGUCAUUUAUGUAGAUGUACCUGUCUCAGAGGUACAGAAGAGGAUUCAAGAGAAAGGAGAGCCAUAUGAAAAAAAGGUGUCUACUGCUUAUCUCCAGAACAUUGAAGAUGCUUACAAGAAAACUUUCAUACCACAGAUCAGUGAGUCCAGUGAAGUUUUGCAGUAUACUGCAAGUGAGGCAGAGGAUGUGGAGAAGGUGAUUGAAGACAUCGAGUACCUGAAGUUUGACAAGGGGCCUUGGCUGGAACAGGAUGAUGUUUCUUUGCAUCAUUUAAGACUUUAUGUUCAGGACAAGGAUGGAGUACUAGACCCUGCAGCCAUCCCUCGUUUCAUUCCAGAAAUAACAAUUGGAGGCACUGAGUAUGAUAAAAUUUAUUAUGAAUAUCGAUCGCUUCCUGGUCGCAAUUUUAGGAAAGGCUACAAUGCUGAUGUUGGUGACAAGUGGAUCUGGCUGAAAUGAAAUCUGCCUCGCUUUGAAGCCCUAACAGUGAUCGACCAGAGAACUUGAGUGAAGAAGAAGCUGAGUGCAGCAUGCCUGCUCUGCAUCAAUUCUGUGUAGGACGGAAAAAAUGCUGGGUAAUUCAUUUUCCAGCUACAGAAUAAAAGAAUAGACUCAAAGAAAGCAAAUUGCUUUAUUCUGGUUUAUUCCUCACUGAUGAAUUCAGGAUGCUCUUUCUUUGAAUGUUAUGUAGUAUAUGUAUAAAAGAUUAUCUGAUGUUACAGGGAAGACUUAAAAUCAAUUAUGAGCUUUCUCUUCAUCAAGACUGUGACAUAUAGUAUUAUACAUAUCGUUGCUGUUGUGUUAAAUCAAGAGAAAUUAAAUCUAUAUCCUCCUA